AGAAAACUAUCAAAACGAGAGCGGCCAUAAACAUGAACGAGGCAUCGAGAAAUCUUCUCGUGAGCAAACAGCAAGCAAGGUCAAUAAUCUGACAAUGACAAGGCAGCUUGGCAGUCCUUAAAUAUAUGGCAGGCCUUGAUUGGUAACGAGAAACAGGUGCACCACUGAAGAGGCACGCCCUCCACUCCAGCUGGUGCCGAAAACCAAAACGGAGCAGAAAAUGACAGUACCCGCUCCUCAACGGACGCCCCCUGGUGGACUAAUUGGUUUAGACGGAUUGGCUCUUCAUGCACCCUGGAAUCAGAUAACACGAAAAGCUGUCCACUAUAGUAACCGCUGUCCCUCAAAGGGUUAAUGUCAGGUUCAUACAUUUUGAUGUACAAUUACUAUCAGGACAUUCAUAAGCCAUUCAUAAGUGUUAUGUCCAGUAUUGAAGUGUUUUGAAACCACUUCAGUCACACACCUAUUACAAUAUUGGUGCAUUGAAAAAAAAUAUGCGCAAAUGUUAUCAUACGGUAUCAACCUCCCGCCCCCUCCCACUCUGUCCCUUUUGUUGUGGUUGCUGCCGGUGGUUUGACCCACGAAGCCAUUCACUGCUGUCCGCGCUGUCAUAGCAACCAGGAAAUACACAAGGCUGUCGGUUCUUGUGUGUGGAGCAGAAGAACGUGGCCAGUGUGCCACCACCACCACUGCCACACAGGGGGGAUUCAUCUCUAUCUUCAGUUUGUGGUGUGUAUCUGCAGAGUGUGUGUUCACGAAUGCCUACAUUUGACUGGAGAUUGUCAUUUCUGUUGAAAUUGUGUGUUGAGUGCUGAAGAGCUGACUAUGAAACUGAACGGCUGUGGAAAUAUGGGGGAUGUGAUGAAUAGUGUGUGUAUGGCCCGAAUGAGCGAAACAGUUUGAAGUUGGAAUGGUUGAAAUGGGUCAAGAAAUCUGGAAAGUUGGGGUACUAAAUAUGUAAAAUUUCGUUGCAAAAAAUGUGGACUUUGGGGAAUGUUUGAAAAUUGUUUUUGCUGAAUGGUUUGAAUUUGGAAUUAGAACAGAUUGACAAUUUAAUUUUUUUUUUUUUUUGGAUUAAAUGUCUUAUUCACUUUCAAGUUUUGUUUUUGUUUUUUGUUUUUGUGUGGGUGGGUGUGGAAAAUGUGGCAUCUUGGGAAGGCAAUGUCAAACAUGUCCAGAAUGAGGUGAAUAUUUUGAAAUUGGUAUGGUUCGAAUUGGAGGAGAAAUGUGGAAGGAGUAGAACACAUUGGCGGAAUGCGUUUUGGGAUGCAGGAUGAGAGUGCCAAAAAUCUGACACUCAACUGAAAUGCUGCAAAAAUAAAGUGGAAAUGAUGAAACCAUGAAUGUCAGACUCAGGAUGGUUUGAAUCAAUUAAUAAUCUGAAGGAGGCGGUACAUAAAUGAACUCGGUUUUAUUUGGGGGAUUUUAGUGUGAAAAAUGUGUGGUUGCCGGUGAGGGAAGGGAAACUGAUUUUUGGAGUGAGAAAGAUGGGGAACUUUUUUUUUUGUUGAUGGACCCCUUCACUGGACUGUUUUUUGUGCGUGUGGAAAACAUGAAAAUGUCAAAGGUGGUUAUUUUGGUGGAAUGUGGAAAGCAAUGUCCUUCCUUUUUGGAAUUGGAGGGGUUUGAAUCAGUGGAGAAAUGCAGAAGGAGUAAAACAGUUAAAAUUGGCGGAAUAAUAAUACUAAUCAAGUUUUUGGGUACAGAACUGCACUUUAAUGAAAGAGGUUGGUGUGAUUGGUGAAAAACAUGAACCAAAAUGCUGGAGAAAUAAAAUUGAAAUAUAGAAUGUGAGACUUGGAAUGGUGAGAGUUAACUUAUUAAUAUGGAAGGAGGUGUUAAAUAUAUCACAUUUCGGAAUUUUAUUUUGAAAUCUGGGGGAUUUGGGGAUUCGGAAUAGUUCCUAAGAUGUGCCGAAUGAGUUGAAUAUUUUAAAGUUGAAAUGGUUUUGAAACGGUCAGCAAAUGUGGUGGUAAAUAUGUAAUUGGGACAUUUUAUUGUGAAAAGUGUGGAGUGUGGAAAAUAGUACUUCCUGUUAUGAAAUAAGACGAACACUGAGUUUUGAAUGGGGAAAACAGGGUACUUUUUGUUGAACAUCUCAUUAGCUUUUGUGUGCGCGUGUGUGUGUGUGUGUGUGUGUGUGUGUGUGUGUGGUAGCAGAGAGCGCCGAAAUGGCCGCCACCACAGCGCUACCCCCAGUGAAAAGCGUGGUAGUGUACAGGAACGGAGACCCCUUCUUUAGCGGCCGCCGGUUCGUGAUCAACCAACGGCAGGUGUCCACCAUGGAGGCCUUCCUCAAUGAGGUGACCUAUAAUAUCGGGGCCCCGCUGGCCGUCAGGACCCUGUACACUCCCAGGCAGGGCCACAAGGUCGCCGACCUCCAGGACUUGCGGACGGGGGCCCAAUAUGUCGCCGCCGGUUUUGAGAAGUUCAAGAAACUGGACUACGUCAACACCGGUGUGAAAAAGCAGCCGGCAGCUCGUGAAGACACACAGGCAAAAAUAAUCCCGAGGCCUAAUGUGUCAGCCAAAUGGAAGAAGUUUGUUCCAGUGCCCUGUAUUAUACACGUUUUCCGCAAUGGGGACAUCUUGUGUCCACCCUUCCGAUUCAUCAUACCUCGCAGUAUGCAGCGGGACCUGGAGCAGAUCCUCAGCCUGGUCACGGACAAGGUCAGCUUACGGACUGGCGCCGUGCGGAGGUUGUGUUCUGUGGACGGGGCCACAGUGACCUCGGCGGGGGAGCUCGAGACCGGAUGCUGCUACGUUGCCGUGGGAACCGAGAAGUUCAAGAAGCUUCCGUACGUGGAGCUGCUAGUCUCUAAAACCACAGAGAGGUAUUACCCAGGAAGACGACGGGCGUUGAGGAGAAACGUGAACAGGAAGGAAGGAAGCGGUCCAGAAGACCAAUGUAGUGACUCUGCUCUGCUCAACUCUCCAGAGUCAGACGAGCGGAGGGUGAAAUCGACGGGUUAUGAAGCUGCUCCCCCGAAGCAGGUUUUGCUUAAGUCUCGCGGCGUCUUCAAGCCGGGAGCGCGCAGGAGGAGGAGGGAGGAGGUCAGAGGAGCCAAGGAGGUGCAGGAGGACGAGAAUACAGCGACAGAGCUUCCCGUUGAUCAGAGAGUGGCAGAAAUAGUGGAGGAUGAGGAGCUGAACAUCACAUAUGACGCUCUGAAUGGCACGCUGAAGUUGCCGCCACCUGAGCAAGAUGACGCGGAAAAGACGGCGGCAAUACAAAGCACAAAAGAGGAGUUGAGCAGUGAAAACCUGGAGCCUGAGCUCAACAGAAUGACCCUGAACACCCCCAACUGUCACGGAGAAAUUCAGGGAUAUACUUUGGAGCAUCAAGAUGAACAGGAGAAAAGAGCACAGAAGCACAACCAGGGAGAAGGCCAAAUCGAGCAACCAUCAUAACCACUCUCUUUAUUUGCUUUUAUCAAAACUGUAUUCCAAAAAAAAAAAAAAGAGCCUGGUAAUGUCAUUAAUUAUUGUUUUUGGGAGGUAAAUGCCCAUUAAAAAAAAGUAGAACCAAUGCUUCAUGAUAUGUACAUUUUAGUUCAUGCAAUGAAAAUUAUUUC